UUCUGUUUUCAUACAGGCUAAAGAGAAUGAAGAAUAUGAAUUAUAGGAACACAAAGAGAUACCUUAGAAGAGAGAUUGAUAUAUGGAAUAAAGAACUCGAGCUAUUGAACUCCUUCAACUUUGCUACUCCUAACAAUAGAAAGCUCAAUCCAUACAAGCACGUAGUUUAUGGGUGAGAUGGAAACCAGUUUGCCAAGCUAAAUCAGAAAAGAAAUAAAGAAAGGCUUACAACAGAUAGAUGGCCAGAGAAGGACCCAUCUCUAAAGAAGAUUAAAGGAGACCAUAUCUUGUUAUCAAAUAGAGGGCUGAUUCGCCUCUCUAAAUUUCUUUGAGAUUUUAAGAGCAAUCUCACAUUUAUCAAAAUGGUUAUUUCAAAGAAAAAGAUAGGAAGGAUCAUCGUAAUGGCCUCCAAAUUUAUGGUGCUCUCUUUUAGUCAAUGAAGAAUUGAAGUUGGAGAUCUUUCCAUACCAGAUAAUAUCCAAUUUGGCACUAGAACAUUAUCUUUUAAUGAAACUGGGCACCAGAAUAAUAGCAACUGGGAUCAGAACUAUGAUGAAGUAGAGAGUUUACUCAAAGCCAUCUCUGAAUGAAAACUGAAGAACUCUCUUAGUUGGAUCAACCUCGAUCUCACUCCUCUUACAAAGUAUGACGCAUCCCAAUUAUUAAAGAAAUAUUAUCUCAGAGAUAUUGUGGUUAAUUCAAGAACUCCUCAGGUGAAAUCAAAUUUUGAAAUUUGCAUUAAAUCUUACUUUGGCCUUGGGUGUACAAUCCAAUAA